GCUCCUGACAACUCCGAAGCAAUCAGAGGUGAUUAUUCGAUCUUGGGCAGCAGCUGCAGAGGGAGUGUACAACACAAACAAUUAUUGUAGGAGCGGAAAUCGAUGCGCACAGCUACGGCCGUAACAGGUCUUGUGAAGAUUGUGAUGAGAGCUAUGGAAAUGUUCCUGCUUGUUCAACUGUUUUCAGCUGCCGCAGCGCACCCAGAAAGAUUUUCAUAAUCAAAAUCUUAUUUGUGGGAACGAAUUUCAGUGAACGAAAAGCAGGGUCUGCAUCAGAGGAUUGAAUCGGGUAGUGCACAUUAUCGGCUGCAGAAGCAAUGUCUGACCCAGUUGUUGUGGUUCCUAGAAAGUACAGCGAUGGCGAUUUCCACCGGCAUCACAGACAUCAUUCAUUCCACAGUUGUACCAACUUCCUUCUCAGGGUGCUCACUGCUGCCUCUACUGCUGCUGCAGUCAUCGUCAUGCUCAUUUCCACGCAGACCUCCGACACUGUCUACGGCUAUUUCAGGGGCCGCUGGAGAGAUUACCCUGCCUACAGGUGGUUUGUCAUUGCAAACGCCAUGGUGUUUGUGUACUCUGUAAUUGCGGCCAUUGUGGCAUGCAUAUCGGUGAUCGCCCGGAGAGGACCUCUCAGCUACUCGCCGAGCGCAUGGCUGACACUCCUUGUCGACUUUCUCGCUGCGUCUGCAUUGAUGUCAGCAGCUUCAGCAGGACUAGCGGUUGCCUUAAUCGCAAGGAACGGCGAGGACUUGCAACAAGUUCAUUACUGGCCCAAACUCUGCAACUAUGUGACCAGAUUCUGUGACUACACCCAAGGCGCCAUCAUCGCCAGCUUCGGUGGCUUCGCGUUUCUAUUCCUGUCCACUCUUCUAGCCGCCUCCGCUCUCCACCACCUCGCGCAUCGAAGGCAUUGAAGCGGAGCUUACCUCCAUGUAACAUAUGUGCAUCUGUAGCUCUACGUCUAACCGGAAGUAUUAGAGUUUGCCCCCAACAAGACAGCUUUUCUUUUCUCAUGGCAGGUCGCUGCACACUGUCAUGUCAAAAAGACAAAGUAUCAAUAAGCGUAGAACUUGGGUUUCUACCCCUGGAUGGAGAGUUCCUUUCAACUCCGCUGAUGUCUCAGGGAAAAAAUGGUUACGAUAGAUUAAUUGAAAGUGCUCCAGUUCUUGACAAUUUCACAUCA